UUAUUUUAAUGGAUUUGCGCAUGUCCAAUAAUAAUGCGGAAAUGGCAACUAAGGCAGCACAGAUUCUGAACACAAGAGAUGAAUUAAACGAACUCGUUCGUCGAAGAGCAGAAUUAGCAGACACCUUAGCAAACUUAGAGAGACAGAUAUAUGCCUUUGAGGGAAGUUACUUGGAAGAUACACAGCUGUAUGGUAAUAUCAUCAGAGGAUGGGACAGAUACCUUGCAAACACCAACAUUUUUUCUAGAAACACCAACAGUAAAGGUGACAAGAGAAACAGGAAGUUUAAAGAUGCUGACAGAUUGUUUUCCAAAUCUUCAGUCACAUCAGCAGCUGCAGUCAGUGGCAUUGUUGACCAGUUGAACAAAAAUAAUGAUCGUGAGCCUUCAAGUCCAGAUUCACAGAACAAUCAGAAUGGGGCUAAUACACCACAGACAAAUGGUCAAGAUGACAGCCCUCCUCCAUCACACUCUGGAAAACUACACAAAGGUGGUGGUCCAUUACGACACAAGAAAAGUAAAAGUAAAUCUCGACACAAACAAGAUGUAAAAUUACGGAGAGGAAAAGAUGGGACAGGGGAGUAAAUAUUUAACAGUGUGAUCCAGUCCAAGAAAUUGACAGUGCUGUCCAGCCUUGUACAGUGUUUACAUGUCCUUCAUAUUGUUGAUAAACUUUAUUAAAGCAGAGAUUUACAAAUAUUUUGUCAUCUCUUCUGCUGUUAAAAUUGUGUCAGAGAAACAAGAUAAACAUCAAUGGAGCAUGUAAACUUUCAACAAGGUUUUAGCAGAAGUAAAAAAUCAUCUUUGUCAUGUGUAAUUGAUUUUUAAUACAUCAUAUAUGUAUAUUAAUCAUUGAUUUUUAAUACAUCAUACAUGUAUAUUAAUCAUUGAUAGAUUGGUUAAUUGGGUUUUAUUGAAAACAUUUUUGUUAUCAGCAGAAAAGAAAAUUGACAUCUUUAAUAUACUACAUAGUACGUGUCAGUUAUAUGAUACUAUCGAAAAAAAUAAUUAUUUGGAAAUCUAUAUUUCUAUUUAAUGUCAGUGUAUUAAUUUUAUAAAACAAAUGAUUUUUGAGUUUCACAUUGUCCAGAUAAAAAAUUUAAACUGAAAUAGAGACAGAAUUUUUUCAAUAUUUUUUUUCAUGUUUUUUGAAGUAUGUUGGAAGAAAUCUUUUGGGAUUAAGAAUGGUUCUGAUACUGAAUAUAUUAUUUUUUUUGAAUCCUCUGAGACUCCAAAUUCAAAUUAUGAAGCUGCUAUUGCAGUGUAAAUUUUAACAUCUAAAUCUCCACAUUUUAAAAGGAUCAGAAAUAAGUGUAGUAGUUUAAACAGCAGAAAAUGGUUUUAAAAAGCAUCAAAAUCUCAGCAUUGUUGUAAACAAAUAUAUGAUUAAUAGUUGAGAUGGUAACAUAAUGGCAAAUGUAAUCAUAAAAUAGACAAAUGAUUUACCAUUAGUGUAACAGUAUUUGUUAUGAAACUAAAUCAAUGUUAUUUGAUAAAAGAAAACAUUUACUGAAUUACAAAUAAACAGCAUUUAAAGUAGCUAUGAAAUUAGUUUAUAAAGAAAAACACUUGGUCUCAGUUGCUGUUAAACUGUAUCCAAAUUGACCAAAAAUAUUGUAUAUCCGAAAAUGAUUUGUACUUUUAUUUUAUCCUUUUAUGUGAUGUUUUAGGUAUAAUUUAUCAUGUUUAUUUACUAGCAUAUUAAUUGUGAACAUUGCAUGUUGAAGGAAUAAUCAUGUCUAAUAAAUGUUUUUUGAUAAUUGAAAAAAAAAAUACUGUAAAAAUAAUAACAAUUGUGAAAUUCAUAUCAUGUCAUCAGUUUUGAAGUAAUUGGAUAGUUACAUUGUACUGUACUCACUAUUCCUGUUUAAUAAAUAGCAUUUUGCAAUGACAAA